AUGGGGCCGUGCCUACUCGUUAAGAUUGAGCGGCAGAUCGAAAGCAGUAGUCAGCCAUCUCUCCAUCUUCCGGAAGAAAUCAUUGGAGAAAUACUGCCAAGACUGCCGGUGAAAUCAUUGUUGAGAUUCAGGGUCAUUACACAGAAGAAUUCAGAUGAAUGGCCUAUGCAAUGUUCUCUGCUGUCGAUUUUGAGCGGACCAACAAAUACUAUCCCUUUAUCUCCUUUAGCUGAUCCAACAAAUACUACAGUGACGGGAUAUGAAAUUAUAGGGUGCUGUAAUGGGCUGCUCUGCAUUGUCAAUGAUGAAAAUAUAUUUCAGUUGUGGAACCCAUCCACUAGAAUCUCCAAAAAACUGCCAAAAAUUUCUAAUGCCGACUUUAUUGAUCGUUUGGAAUUCGGUUGGGUUGAAUCGAUUGAUGAGUACAAGGUGUUUGUGAUUGUGCAUGAUUAUAACUCCAGCGUUGGUAAAGUUUAUAGUUCAAAGACAAAAUCAUGGAAAACUAUUGAGCUCUGCGAUGAUUUAGUUCGCUGUUGGCCAGGAGGGGUGUUUGCAGGUGGGAAGCUUUACUUAAAGAACGGACUUGAAAAAGUUAUUAAUUUCUUGGACUUGAAGAGUGAGGUGUUUGGAAGGAUUGAGCUUCCCUUUGAUCAAGAGAAGUAUGGCAAGGUGGGUGUGCUUGGUGGUUUCCUUUGUGUGCUAUGUUUUAAUGAUGAAAUUGGAGGCUAUCGAGUUUGGGUUAUGAAGGAGUCUUGGGAGAAAGUGGUGACUCUUUCUCAUCUUCUUGAGCUUCUUCAACCACCAUUGGUGAAAGGUCUAAAUGGAGACAUUUUGGUAAAUUGUGGAUCCAUUUUGGGGGUAUACGAUUGUCGGGAUAACGUGUUCCGCGACCUCAGCUAUUGUUCCUGUUAUCAGGUUACUGGGAUCAGCAGCCACGAGGAUUGUGUUGGUUUAUUUUCACAUGAUGUCUAUGUUGAAAGUUUAGUCUCGCCAGAAGAUUUAUGA